GUCGGGCCGGUGGAAAACGAAGGUAAAGACUGCGACCAAAUUAUAUGCCCUAAACUUGUCUAGUCUUGAAAAGCAAGUGCCCCUAUUUAGUUUGAUCCACUCUCAAAACCCUCUUGCCUCCGCCAUCUGAAAAAACCCCAAACUCAGUCGCUCAAACACGCCCACACACCCUGCCCAGAGAUGGGAAGCGACAGCGAGAACGAAAAAAGUGUGCAGAAAGAGAAGGAGAAGAAGAAGCUGUUGGCUCUUGCCCCCAUAGCCAAACCGCUAGCUGGCAAGAAGCUUUGCAAACGUACCCUCAAACUUGUUCGCCGAGCUGCGGAGCGAAAGUGCUUGAAACGAGGAGUUAAGGAGGUCGUGAAAAGUAUUCGCCGAGGAAACAAGGGAGUGUGUGUUAUUGCUGGGAACAUUUCGCCUAUAGAUGUCAUCACUCAUGUACCUAUCUUGUGUGAAGAAGCUAACAUCCCAUAUAUCUAUGUUCCCUCAAAAGAAGAUCUUGCAAAUGCAGGAGCCACAAAGAGACCAACUUGUUGUGUACUGGUGCUGCCAAAGCCCACAAAGGGGGAAAUAAGCCAAGAAGAACUAGAGAAGUUGAAGGGAGAAUAUGACCAGGUUGCAAUGGAUAUAUCUGAAAUUGCAAACUCAAUGUUUUGAUGUGCUAGACAAGUUAUUCUAUGAAGUAUGUAUUUUAAAUUUAUUAGGAAUUUGAGCUACGAUUGAGAUAUAUAUAUAUAUAUAUAUUNUUUUCAUUUUCCUUGACUAUUCCUCACAUCUCUCAUGUCGUGUUGGAGUUGAAGAUCUCGUGCACUGUCUUUGUCUUUGAUUUGCUGUGGGGUAAGAAUACAACAUGAGCUCAUGCUGCUAAAGAAAAUAUCAAAUAUAACGUGGGAUUGAUUAAUAUGAACAAGG